AUGGGGCAAACUUGCAGCAUAAACACAUGUUGUUCAAAAGAAGAAUUAUAAACAAUAAGAAAUUCUAGUAGAUCUAUUGAAAUAUAAUCAAAAAAAUCUAAAGUUUCUCAAUAAAAAAACUAAGAAUAAGAUAAAGUUGAAGGAAAGAUAAUGAAAAAAAAAAGUGAUACUGUUUCAGAUGUGAUGGUAUCUUCUCAACAUAGCAAAAUUUCAAUUAAAUAAAUCGAAAAGAAUCUAACUACAUAAAAUUAGAGUUAAUAGCUUAAUCCACUUGUUUUAAAAACUAUGGGAAUGAAAGAGAGAUUACAACUCCCAGUAUUAUUAAUCUAUAUUAGGCAUUGCAAUUAUCAAAUGGAGCAACUUAUGAAGGGGAAUGGUUAAAUGGAAAAAGAGAUGGAUUUGGCAAACAAUAAUGGCCUGAUGGUUCAGUUUAUGAAGGAGAAUGGAAGGAAGACAGAUCUUGUGGGAAGGUAAAAAAGAAUUUAACAAAAAAAUAGGGAAAGUUAAUCCAUGCAGAUGGAGAUAUUUAUGAUGGUGAUUGGUUGGAGGAUGCUGCAAAUGGUUUAGGAACCUAUAUUCAUCUAAAUGGAGCAAAAUAUUCAGGAGAAGUAAUUUGGUUAAAUAAAUGAAAAAGUGGUUGAAUGAUUAUCAACAUGGAAAGGGUAUUGAGAUUUGGCCUGAUGGUGCUAGAUAUGAAGGGGAUUAUUAUUAUGGCAAAAAGCAAGGCAAAGGAAAAUUAAAUUUUGCUGAUGGAUCAUGUUAUGAAGGUAUAAUUUUUUUUAAACUUGAGGGGAUUUUAGUGAUAAUGAAAUUUAAGGAUUUGGACAUUAUUUAUGGCCAGAUGGAAGAUUUUAUGUUGGUUAAUGGAGUAACAAUAAAAUGCAUGGAUUUGGUGAAAUCAAAUGGGCAGAUGGUAGAAGGUACAAAGGAGUAAUGUUUUUGAUUUAAAUAGCAGCAAUAUUAAGAUGAUAAAAAACAUGGAAAAGGAACUUUUUUUUGGGAUGAUGGAAAAAAAUUUGUUGGAACUUGGGUUAAAGGUUUUUAAAAUGGUGUUGGCAUAUUCUUUUAAUCAGAUAAUUCAUUCAGAAUAGGUGAAUGGAAUGAUGGAAAAAGAAUCAGAUGGUACAAUUAGAAUGAAAUUGAUGAAUUAGAAAUUUAGGGUAUUCUUGAUGAUCUUAGAAAUUAAUGA